AUGGAGCGAAGAAUGGAAAAGCCGGCCCUCGGGCUUCAACUCGAGAUCGACACCCCAGAAGAAGAAGACUACGUCGACGAGGGCCUACGGGCCAUCAAAAACAAGGAAAAGCAGCUGCUCGAAGAGAGGAGACAAAAAGCGGAGAGGGCAGAGAAGCAGGAAAAUGUUGUCACCACCCGGAAACCGGACUCUUCGAGCCCCCAGUCAUUCCAUUCGGCACUCGCCCACUGCAAGAACAUCUUCGCGUCAAGGGAGAAUGCCAGCAACGGCUACUUUUCGAGGGUGUCGAGCGCUUCCUCGCCGAGCAGCGCGCAUUGCAAAAGCGACGUUUCGUUUUUGUAUCGCUUCACCGGCACCGUGCCGAGGAGUACGCUCCGCCCCUUUCUGACCAUCUUCGCGUCGAGCAGCACGACGAAACGACGAUUAGUUGAGAAUCGUCAUCGGCCGAUCACUCCCUUUGAUUUGCACGCGACGCUGCUCGACUUGCUCGGGCUCAAGGCGGUAGAGGAGCAACAGCGGAAAGGGCAAUCCUUGCUGGAAGCGAUUCCAAAAUCGCGGGGCUGCGUUGAGGCCCAAAUCCCGUUGCACCACUGCACCUGCCAGACACCGAGGAUGCUACGUGGUGAGGAGCUGGCCGGGAUUGAGAAGGCCGGCCUGGCAAUCCUGCUGCACACACUCGACUACCGCUGCGCCGAGGAGGACUGCGGGUUUUUGAAGGCGGCCAAAGUUGUAUCGGUAGAAUGGCGUACCCCAAACGAGGAUUUCCUCUCGUAUUCCGGCGUUGUUUCGAACAGUACCGAGACCCCGGUCUUCAACGCUAAACGACGGCCCGUCGAGGGAUUUCUUGAUAUUCAAAUUCGAUUGCCUGGCGCAAGGAUUACGGCGCUACUGUAUCUGAACGUGGUGACGCGGCGCGCUAGCAUUGAUGUGGCCGGGAUACGGGGUCGUAUCGACAGUUCUUCGGCCGACAAAUUCCUCGGCUGCUUCGUGUGGUCGGAAUUCGAUGGGAUGGCUGCCAUGGAUGCGUAUAAUGUGCUCCCCGAAGCGCAGGGGCUUGGCGUGGGGCGUGGCCUGUGGGACUACACGAUGGUCCGCUCCGUUCCGCCCCACCUGACCCGAGCCAUGAGGGCCAUUCCCGAGCACGUCGAGCGCUAUAUGAAGCUGGGCUGGCCACAUCGAGGGCCGGUACAGUAUGAAAUGUAUUGUAGCCCGGUGGAGUUGAAGGCGACUUGCUCGUCAGGGUUGGCAAUGUGCCAAGCGUCCGGUUCUGGAGAAUUUGUCGAGAUUCAGCGGCUUGAGCAGAAGGGUCGAAAGGCGUUGUUACGAUUGGAUACUAUGGUAGACUUUCUAAAAGGCGGAAUUCUACUCGAAUGUGAUGGGGAGGCUUCAGCAAUGUGCCUAUUGAUACCAACUGUCGGUGAUAGAGAUUGGAGAUUGGCGCCGGUUUUUGGGCGAAGUCUGGGCGCAACGCUUCGGCUUCUUAAAGAUGUGAUAGAUUCAGCCAAUCUCCCGCCAUCAGCCCGGCUUCACGUCCACUUCACCGACACGACCAGCGGUUUCUAUACCAUCCACCCACUGCUCGAAAAGUGCACCCAGAGACCCCGAGAAUUCUACGCCACCACCCUAUACGAUCGCCCGUACCGUAACCCGGUCGACACGGAUCUUAUCUACGUAAUCCAUGACAACUUUUUGCACUUUGACAUG